CCAGACGAGACCGAUUUCCCAUUCGCGCCGUGAUUACAAGAUAGCGUGGAACCUUAUCGUCUCGACCACUCGAAGAUGUGGCCUCUGCCAUAAAUCGCGUCCCAGUGAUCCCGAUAGGAAGGUGUUGGUCAGAACCAAAGCCCCAAUCACCAGUUGCACCGCGAACGGCUUCGAGCGUAGUCAUGUCGUCGUCCUUUGUGGCGUUCACCGUCGCUUUUUUGAGUGCCCUGAGCCUGCUGCCCGUGGAGACCUUCUGCGACUCCUCCUACUACGAAAAGUACUACGCGGCUCGUCGCUAUGUGCCCCUCAAACGAGACGCUCCGCUACAGUUUAACUUCUCCAUAAAGUUUCAUCCGGACCAUCUGGGUUCGUUUGAGCGUGUUGCCCUGGUGGGCAACCUACCCGCUUUGGGAUCCUGGCAAGCGAGAAAGGCAGUGCUCCUUGAUCAGAUCAACACCACAACGUGGACCACCUCCGUGGAAAUUCCCCAAAACAGCAGCGUGGAGUAUCGCUACUUUGCCGCGGUCGUCGGACAGAGUGGAGUCGUUCGGAUUCGACACUGGGAGGCCCAAGUUGAGGCCAGGUCCUUCAACACGACCAAGUUUAAUGGCAGCCGCAUCGAUGAGUAUGGAUUAUUGGAUGGAAAGUGCACUGCGUCUGGUCCCUGGCUUCAGGAUUCCGGCAGCAUUCUUCAGCUAAAGGUGUUCCGUGAGGCUCUUACUCUGGAAGAGCAACCGGAGUUGGGACAAGGAAAGCUGCGCCUCCGGUUGCUGCCCGUAGAUCCUAAGACCUUAGCGCCAAUCCUCAGCUCCGCACGCGCAACUGUGGAGUACGCUCAAGUGUCGAGUACGAAUACCUACCGGGUUAUCCGGGAUCAGCCAGAAUACGGUGUGCCCUACGCGUCCGGGGAUAUUCUGAUGUUCCAAGUGAACUUGGAACAGUUGGAGACAGUGUCAUAUUUAGUGGAAGUGUACGCCGAACAAACGACGGAGAACGUUGUCCGUCUGCUGGGUUAUGCGCACCUGCUGCCCACCUCGUUUACCGGAAGCGAAGGCAGCAUCUCAAUCGACCUAAUCUCGCCAGUAUGGCAGCGCUUGGUAGGCGGACUGCAGUUGGGGUAUCUGGUCAUCCGGCCAAUGGAAAAGGAUGGGUUUGAUAUGCGCACCAGCUUCAUAAAAUGGCGCUCCAACUGGACAAACCUUGAGAUUGGCCACCGUGGCUUGGGAAAAUCUCUCACGGUAACCACGAAUGCGGCUCCACUUAUCGAGAAUACGGUUGCUUCUAUGAUAGCCUCCGCCGAGUUGGGAGCCGAUCUCGUGGAGUUCGAUGUACAGCUAACCAGCGACCUGGUGCCCAUCAUCCACCACGACUUCUCUAUUCGCGUCUGCAUUGACUCUAAGACGCCGACGAGUCGGGAUGACCUGACCGAGGUGCUGCUAAAGGACAUAUCCUACGAACAGCUCAAGGAUCUGAAGACCUACCAGAUCGUGGGCAACAAGAUCGUCGAGUAUCCGGCACACAACAACGUCGAGCCACCGGAACAGCGACUUUUUCCCACAUUGCAAGACUUCUUUGAGCGGGUCAACCAGACCACAGGAUUCGACAUUGAGAUCAAGUGGCCGCAGCAGAAGGCGGAUGGAGAAUUCGAGAGUGAGCAGACGAUAGACAAGAACCUUUUUGCUGAUCGCAUCCUGGCGGUAAUUCGGCGUCAUGGCUGCGGGCGCUAUAUAGUCAUCAAGAGCUUUGAUGCGGAUCUCUGCACCCUACUCCGGUAUAAACAGAACAUGUACCCGGUAAUCUUCCUCACCAGCAGCAAGGAGAACGUAUUCGCUGAUCCGCGAACCGGCACCGUGGAUCUGAGCAUUAGCUUCGCCCAUGCCGCCAGACUGCACGGUAUUUCGCCAAACGCCGUAUUCAUAAAGGCGGAUCCAGGAUUGAUCCGACGUGCUAGCUCUCUCAGCUUAGUUCUGCUUUGGGGUUCCGACCUCAAGGACCGCGAAUCCAUUGACUGGUUCCUGGAGCAAAAGCCCACAGGUGUCAUCUACGACAGACUGGACCUCUGGCUGCCGGCCAACAAGACGAGUGUCUUCGAUGACGAGCCGUAUCUGCCCGGCUACUUUCAGCACCAGUGUGAUCCAGGUUCCAAGGAGCGCGAGGUGAACUCUACCAUUGAAAGCAUUCUUAGUAACGUUAACCUCCUGUAAAAGCAGAUUUCUGUAGCUCCCCAAAACCAUAUGUAUUCUAUGCAAUAAACGAACUAUAUUGAAAAUCUAAAA